GGAGUUUUAAAAAGUUUGCUCUUUUCUUUCUUAUAAAACAUUUGCAAAUGAUACCCAAUAAUACAAGCAAGAGAAAGUCUAGCUUUAACGCUUCCAGCCCGCCACCCUCUAGAAAACCAUCUUUACACGCGGCAUUUUCGCCACCUCAUAAUAGUAUGGCGACAAGCCCUCCCGCACCACCUCAAUUUGGCCGACCAAUGACUUCAGCGGCAGCAGCAGCUGCUGCUAUCAAACGUAGCAACAGUAAUACUAAUUUCACAACCCCACCACCACAACCUAUACAAACACCACAAUAUAGAAGACAAAGUGGGAGUACGGCACCACCUUCACGUCAAGGAUCGAUUGAAACUGAUCGAGAAGGAAGUGUAAACACAACAGCCGCAGACGAUGAAGAGAAUGCUGUUAAUUCAUCGCAACAAAUAUCAGACGGGAAGGAAAAAGAAAAGGAGGCUGCGGAAGGCGAAGUUGAAGACGAUGAAAAGGAAGAUAUAGUGGUCGACAUGGAUGCUCACAUGCAAGCUCAAAUGGAAAAAGCUAAAGAGGACAUGAUGACGCUGCUGGAAAAUUUUUCACCAGAUCAAUUACAACGUUACGAAGCCUAUCGUCGAUCAGCAUUAAACAGAACCAAUGUGAAAAGAUUGGUAAGUCAAGUGCUCAAUCAGCAGAUUUCUCAAACAAUGGCGUUUGUUGUUGCGGGUUUUUCCAAAGUCUAUGUAGGUGAAAUUGUGGAAAAAGCUAGAGAAAUCAUGGAAGAAUGGGGUCAUAGUGGAGCUAUCCGCCCCGAACAUUUACGUGAAGCCCACCGAAGAUAUAAAAAGCAUGAAGUAACCAGUUCUUCUUUGGGCAGAAAAUUAUAAAAAUAAAUAAAAAAUGAUGUGUGUGUGUGUGUGUGCCACACAUAUGCUAUAAAAGGACAUGUGCAAACAACAAA